AUGCGCGAAGACAUUGAAAUCAAAACACAUGACCAAACUACCCUUCGGGGCUGGUUUUUUCCUGUUGAGAAAAUCGUGGCUCCAGUAAUUGUCAUGUCGCCAGGGUUUUCCGGAAUCAAAGACAACUUUCUUGACAUCUUCGCUGAAAGGUUCCAACAAGCCGGCUUCGCAGUGUUCCUGUACGAUCAUAGGAACUGGGGAGCAAGCGAUGGGCUGCCUCGACAUCAUACGAAUAAUUACGAGCAGACUCAAGAUACCCAUGACGUGAUUCAUUACGUUUCAAACAGAUCAGACGUGGAUUCAGAGCGUAUUGCGAUAUGGGGUUCUAGCUACUCCGGUGGCAUUGCCAUAACUGCCGGCGCAGUCGACCCACGCAUCAAAGUAGUCGUUACUCAAGUCCCUUUCGUCUCGGGCAGGAUGACAAGGGAGCGAUUCCCCAAAACUUUGCUUGCCAAGAUCUAUAGCGACCGUGGCGAAACGACUUCAAUGGAGCCGACCUAUAUCCCCAUCUUUCCAGCGACCGCGGAGGAGGCCGAAAACUCCAACAAUGGCGCUGUUUUGGGUACCAAGGAAAGUUGGGACCAUUUACAAAUAAUUCAAGAGAAGGGCAAGGUGAGAGAGAACAAGGUUACCCUUCAAAGUUUCUUCCAUGCCAUUCGAGCUGAACCUAGCGCGUUUAUCGCCCAGCUUGCACCAAAACCGCUGUUCAUGGUCGUGGCCCUACAGGACUCUCUCAUAGAUCCUCAGGCUCAGCUAGAGGUGUUUGCUAUGGCUGGUGAGCCAAAGGAGCUGCUUGAACUGGAUUGCGGUCAUUUCAGAGUUUACCGGGACAAUGUUUUCGAGAAGAAUAUCGCUGCACAGAUUGCCUUCUUGGAGAGGCAUCUUUAA